AUGGACAUGAUCCUUAGACUUGAUCGUAACAACUUUGCCAGAGAUGAAAUGUUGGAAGUGUGCAGAGCAAAGUUUGCUUUGAAUCCAGCUGAAUUAGAAAAAAUUGAUACUUUUGAGCAAACGUAUAUUAGCAAAGAUGCCGCUAGGUGGUACACAAAAGACUGCUUUCUCUACCGUUUACUGAACGAAUCAUUACAGAUCGGUAGUAUUGAUCUUAUGGUGAAACUCCGCUAUUUCAUUCACGAUCUUCACAAUCAAUUAGCGGAACUGCAAUUAGAUUUUUUCCGUUCAUUACCUGUACAUAAUCCCAUAUUGACACUUUAUCGAGGUUUAACGAUGACCCUGCCUGAAUUAAAUAAAUUUCAACAAAAUGAGACCCACUUGGUCUCGACCAAUUCGUUUUUGUCGACGACGCGAGAUUUUGCUGCUGCAUUGUUCUUUUCCGGUGAGGGCAAAGUCGAAGAUCCUCAAGUAUCUGUUGUUUACGAAAUAUUCGUCGAUACCAGCAUCAGUCAUUCGGUUCCUUUCGCCUCUGUCGAAUAUCAAAGCAUAUUCAAGGACGAAGACGAAGUACUGUUCUCUAUGGCGGCUAUGUUUCGCAUUGGACGAACUAAAGAAAUAGGUGAACGUCUAUGGAAGAUUAAAUUAACACUUACUCCACCAAACGAAGAACAAUGGAACAUUUUAACCCAGCACCUUAAAAAGUAG